GAUUUGGAAAACAGGAAGUAUCCGUACUGUAACUUGAACUUUACAGACGUGAAAACCAACCAAUCACAGACUCGCUUGAGGAACGCUGAUGUAGCCUCUCGUUGAGGAAACAGAGAAGCUAGCUCAGUCCCCAACCCGUCCAUUUGAAACAGAAGGACGCAAAAACAUUACCUGGUGGAAGGGGAAUAACUUCAAGGUUGUGAGCCCGGAUAACAUAUUGCAACACAUCAUUGCGUGAAUAUGAGUGGAGUAAACGUGAAGAAGCUCAAAGUAAAUGAGCUUAAAGAGGAGCUGCAGCGUCGAGGCCUCGACACUCGUGGCUUGAAAGCGGAUCUCGUUGAUCGCCUACAAGCUGCACUAGAGGCCGAGGCUUCUGGUGGAGGGGGCGGGCCCCCGGCCGACGAUGGAGAUUACGAAGAAGGGGACGCGGGAACAGCCGAGUCUUAUCAAGACGAAGACUUCGAAGGGGAGGAGGAGCCAGAUGAUGACCAACAGUUCGACGAUGAUGAGAACGGGGAGGAAGACGACGACGAUGAUGAUGUACAGAUGGUCGGCGGCCAGGACCAACCCGUGGUGUUGGAUGAUGAUGAUGACGACGAGGAGGAGGAUGAUGAUGGCGACAACGGAUAUGAGGGGAGUGCCAAGAUGGGCCGCGGUGGGGUGCCCGACUUUGCUGCGGAUUCUCCGGACGAGCCGCAGGUGAUAGGCCAGUAUCAGAUGGGACAGGUGUAUGGCCAGCAGCAGCAGCAGCAGGCCUUUGCGCCACCACCUCAACAGGUCUACCAAGAGACACCUGCAGAGGAGGAGGAGGAGGACGACGAGGAGGAACCUGUCAUGGAGCAGCAGGCUUAUAAGCCGCCCCCUGCUGAGACCAAGCCAAUGUUUGAAGAGGAAAGCCUGCCUGAGCCUGAACCAGAACCCGAACCUGAACAGGAGCCUGAGCCCGAACCCGAGCCUGAACCUGAGCCUGUGGUCCAAAAGGCAGAGCCCCCCAAAGAGGAAACUAAGCCCCAAGAACAACCUGAAAUACCUGCUGAAAUCGUAAUGAAAGAGGAUAUCAAGCAAGAAGAGAAGCCACCACAGCAGGAGCAAGAACAGGAACAGAAGCAGGAGCAGCCUGCCGCAGAGCCUGGCAACGACUGGCAGGCCGGCCAGGGUGACCAGGGAUCCCAGGUGAAGGGAGAGGACGACCGCUAUGGCUCCUACAACCGCAAGAGGCCAUACGAGGAGAGCCGCGGCUAUGGAUAUUACGAACACCGCGAGGACAAGAGAGGGCGUUCGCCCCAGCCCCCGGCAGAGGAAGAGGAGGAGGACUUUGAUGACACCCUGGCAGCCAUCGAUACAUACAACUGCGACCUGCACUUCAAAGUUUCCCGUGACCGGUACAGCGGCUACCCCCUCACCAUUGAAGGCUUUGCCUACCUCUGGGCUGGAGCACGGACCUCCUACGGCGUCAACAAGGGCCGUGUCUGCUACGAGCUGAAGAUCAAUGAGGAGAUCUCUGUGAAGCACCUGCCGUCCAGUGAGCCUGAUCCUCACGUGGUGCGAGUAGGAUGGUCCCUGGACUCCUGCAAUACUCAGCUUGGGGAGGUACCAUUCUCCUACGGAUAUGGUGGCACUGGAAAGAAGUCCCAAAACUGCAAGUUUGAAGACUUUGGAGAGAAGUUUGGUGAAAAUGAUGUCCUUGGCUGCUUCAUUGACUUUGAGACGGGUGGCAGCGAGGUGGAGAUGUCCUACUCUAAGAACGGCAAGUGGCUGGGCGUAGGCUUCCGCGCCACCCACGAAGAGCUGGCCAACCGGCCGCUCUUCCCCCACGUGCUGGUCAAGAACUGCGCAGUGGAGUUUAACUUCGGCCAGAAGGCAGAGCCCUUCUUCCCGCCGCCCGAGGGCUACACCUUCAUACAACAAGUGGCACUGGAGGACCGCAUCCGUGGCACCAUCGGACCGGCCACCAAGGGCGAGUGUGAGAUGCUGAUGAUGGUGGGUCUGCCUGGAGCUGGCAAGACUACCUGGGCCACCAAGUACAUGCAGGACAACCCUGAGAAGAAGUUCAACAUCUUGGGCACCAAUGCCAUCAUGGAGAAGAUGAAGGUGAUGGGUCUGGGUCGCAAGAGGAACUACGCCGGCCGAUGGGACGUUCUGAUCCAGCAGGCCACUCAGUGCCUCAACCGCCUCAUCCAGAUCGCUGCACGCAAGAAGCGCAAUUACAUCCUGGACCAGACAAAUGUAUAUGGAUCAGCCCAGAGACGAAAAAUGCGUCCUUUUGAAGGUUUUCAACGCAAGGCUAUUGUAAUUUGUCCCACGGACGACGAUUUAAAAGAUCGAACGUUAAAGCGCACUGAUGAGGAAGGGAAGGAUGUGCCCGAUCAUGCUGUGUUAGAAAUGAAAGCCAACUUCGUGCUGCCGGAGGCUGGCGACUUCCUAGACGAGGUGCGCUACAUCGAGCUGCAGCGCGAGGAGGCCGAGACGCUUCUCAAGCAGUACAACGAGGAGGGCAAAAAGGCCGGGCCGCCCCCAGACAAGCGCUUCGACAACCGGCCCGGCGGCUUCCGCGGACGCGGUGGUGGUGGUGGCGGCGGAGGCGGCGGCUUCCAGCGCUACGACAACCGCGGAGGCCCGCAGGGGGGCCGGGGCGGAGGCUACCAGAACAGGGGCGGCCCAGGAGGCGGUGGAGGUGGCUUCCGUGGAGGAUACAACCGCGGAGGCUACAACCAGAAUCGCUGGGGCAACAACUACAGGGACGGAGGCUCCGGGGGCCGCGGCAACUACAACCGUAACCAGCCGUCAGGCGGGGGUGGCUACAACCAACACCGCCAGGGCUCCUACAACAAGGGCAGCAGCGGCAGCAGCGGAGGAUACAGCCAGUCCCAGCCCCAGUCGUACAAUCAAGGCUACAAUCAGGGCUACAACCAGGGCAGCUAUGGCCAGGGCUACAACUACGGCAGCUACAGCCAGUACCCCGGAUACAGCCAGAGCUACAGCCAAACCCCUGCAGCAGCAGCAGCACCCGCCGCUGCCGCCGCCGCCACCACCACCACUGGACAGACAUACAACCAGCAGCAGAACUACAACCAGCAGUAUCAGCAAUACGCCCAGCAAUGGCAGCAGUACUACCAGAACCAGAGCCAGUGGAACCAGUACUACAACCAAUACGGCAACUAUGGCAACCAAUACGCCGGCCAGCAGAGCACCCAGGGGACCCAGGGCUCUCAGCAGGGCACGCCGCAGCAGUGAGCAACCACAACGGUGGCAACAGCAGCAGCACUCUGCUCCUGAAGGCAGCAGUACCCAUCCCUCACGGCAGGGGGCGCCUAUUCCUACUGUGGCAUUCCA